AUGCCAACUACAAGAUCGGGUUCGACGCAGUCUAAGACUGCAGGAAAUAGUUCGUCGUCGGACUGGAGUAUGCACACUCCGAGCGAUACCGCAAGCUCCGCCGCUACGAGUAUCGCAAGUAGGUCGACGCUCACGAAGAGGACGCCGACAACAAGUCCGAAAGGAAGCCGGGCCCCCGUACCCCAGUCCAAGGACGCCACCAGGAGGGAAUCAACGUCAGCAGAGGCGGUGCGCCCCGCCCCCCUGACACACGCCGCCGCGAAAGAGGUUGAAGAUUCAAACCCCGCACGUCAAGAAGGCAGUCAUACUACGCUGCAGAAUCCAAAUCGAAGCGUUGGAAUCAGGACGUCGUCGAGAGAAGGGACUCUGCAGCAGCUUGAUCCUGGGAACCCGGCCCGGGACAGGGACACAAUGUCUACUCGCUCUUCGCAUAGGAAGAGAGCAGAAGCGCAAGCAAGAUUGACUGUGGCGUUACGGGAGCAAGAAAUGGCGGAAGCACGACUAAGGGUGGCGCAAGCACAACUAGAGCUUGUCGCCGCUGAGUCGGAAGAUGAAGAUGGAGCUGGUGAAGAAAUAUACGAGCGAACUCAUGAAGUGGAACAGUGGUUCAUCCAAACCAGCGCCGGGUCAAGCAAGGAACAGAGGCCGGUCGAGUCACAAGAUAAGAAGAGCGACAUUCAGAAGCUGGCAGAAGCAAUAGGCAAACUGUCCAGGAAUUCGCGUGACGUCAUCGCGCCGAAGUACAUCGAACUUCCUUACUUCAAUGGAGCCUGUGAAGAAUGGUUGGCGUUCAGAAGGACGUAUGAAGAUACGGCUGCCUCCUUCAGCGCCGCACAGAACCUGGCUCGCCUCAGAAGAGCCAUACAGGGGAAAGCGAAAGAAGCAGUUCAGAGUUUACUGUUUACCGCUGAGAAGCCACAUGAAGUAAUCAAGGGAUUGGAAUCAAGAUUUGGAAGACCUGGUGCACUGGCUUUAGCUGAGUUGGAAAAACUGAAGAACUUGUCGAAAGUGAGCGAAAGUCCUGGCGAGAUCUGCGUGUUUGCAAGUCGAGUCAAGAACGCUAUCGAGACAAUCAAGGCAUUGAAGAAACCUCAGUACCUCAGCUCGCCUGAAACAUUGAAGGCUAUUGUAGACAAGAUGCCACCUACCAUGAAGUUUCGUUGGUUCGCAUAUCAUAGGGGUCGGAGAGAUGAAGACAUUCAGGAACUUUUACUCAUUGAAGAAUUCCUGGAUAUUGAAGCCGACAUGUGUGGGGACUUUGCCCCGCCAGAAGUUCCAUCUGAUAAGAAGUGUUCAAGAAGUCCUGUACACACUGUACAAGAAGAGUCUCAAGAUAAGAAGUUUAAGAAGUCGUGUCCCGUUUGUGAAGAGGAACAUUUUGCAACAGAGUGCAAGAAGUUCAAAGAAGCGUCGAUUGAUAAGAAAUGGGACAUCAUGAAGAAUGCGAAGAUUUGUUUCAAGAAGUGUCGAAGAUGGCAUCACACUAUCUUACACUCGGACAAGCCAGAAGUACAGAAGUCAAGCAAGGAAGGCGCAUCAGAAGAGAAAGUCGCCUCAGUCCACAACAAUAAGGAUGAAGACAGAGCAUAUUUGAAGAUUGUUCCAGUGCAACUCUACGGGCCCAAGGGACAAGUUCGUGUGCUCGCGUUGUUGGACGAAGGGUCGACCGUCACUCUCUUAGACGCGUCGAUAGCCGAGAAGAUUGGAGCUGCAGGAAGUCGCGAAGCACUCACAAUCGAAACCGUCGGCGGGAAGGUCAUAAGGAAAGAUAGCUCACAGAAGAUCAACUUGAAGAUUAAGGGGGUUCACAGAAGGGAUAAGAAGACUAUCACUGUUAGAACCAUCGACGAUCUGAAGCUAUCUGAACAAAGGGUCAACAGGAGCACUGUAAAGAGUUGCCUACACUUGAAGGCAAUUGAAAGGCAGUUGCUCUACGACGCAGAGCGACCGAAGUUGCUGAUUGGGCAAGAUAAUUGGGGACUCAUAGUCACAAGAAGACUGAAGAAGGGCAAGCCAACUGAACCUGUAGCCUCACUCACACACUUAGGGUGGGUGCUACAUGGGUGUGAAACCGGAUCGAACGCCGAAGUCAACUUCACGCACUACGGCAGGGCAACGUCAGAAUGCGAAGACAUUGAAGAAGUCGUCCGGGAACAUUUUCAGUUAGAGUCUCUGGGGAUUCAAAAUCGGCUGCCAUCAAACGACAGCGAUAGAAGAGCAUUGGAAACCUUAGAAAAAACAACGAAGCGACUACCAAGCGGUCAAUUCGAAGCAGGCCUCUUGUGGAAGAAGGAAGGCGAGACCCUACCCAACAACUACAAUCAAGCGUUUCGUCGCCUGGUCAACAUAGAGAAGAAGCUGGAUCGUGAAGAAGAUGUCAAGGAAUAUUAUGAGAAGCAGAUCCAGACUUUAAUAGAAAAUGGUUACGCCGAGAAGGCCCCUGUAACCACCACUAAGGGGAAACAUUCUACUUACCUCACUUCGCCGUCGUACACCCGGUCAAGAGGAAGCCAAGAAUUGUUUUCGACGCAGCAGCCAAUUAAGGAAGAAGACCGGAAUUGUUUAAGGUUCCUCUGGAGAGGAAGCAGAGGAACAGGCAAACCGGAAGAGUACAGGAUGUCGUCGAUAAUAUUUGGAGCAGCGUCAUCACCUGCGACAGCUAUAUACGUGAUGAAUAAGAACGCAGAAGACUUCAAGAUCACGCACCCUGAAGCUGUGAAG